UUCGUCCAGCUGUUUUGACUUCCGCUUCAGUGCCGAGCGAGAGACAUCAUUCAGGACGCAUCAGCAUCGCAUCAGACACAGUCAGCGGGACUAUAAACACACAAACGCGGUUCUUCCAAACGGGAAUCGAGCAAGAUCUCUGAGCCCCUCUUUUCGCCUCUCCUACUUUCUGGAAAAGCUCUGCCGUGCUCCUGGAUAAAAGAGAAGCCGUUUUCCAACAGCUCUUCCAGCAAGAGAAGCAGAGAGCAGUCUCAGAGAGAGGACAGUGGACUCAAUGAGGGAGCCAGAGAGGGAGGAGCAGCUCGAUCCCAGCAUGCCCCCUAAAUUUAAACGGCAUCUGAAUGAUGAUGAGGUCACCGGUUCCAUUCGCAGUGAGCGGAGGAACCUUCUAGAGGAAGACUCGGAUGAAGAGGAGGACUUUUUCCUGAGAGGACCAACAGGACCAAGAUUUGGAGGCCAAAAUGACAAAAUUAGACAAGUGCAGUCUCAAGUUGAUGAGGUCAUUGACGUCAUGCAGGAGAACAUCUCCAAAGUGAUCGAACGUGGGGAACGGCUGGAUGAGCUACAGGAUAAAUCUGAAAGCCUAUCGGACAAUGCAUCGGCGUUCAGCAGUAGAGCCAAGCAGCUGCACAGAAGGAUGUGGUGGAGAGACAUGAAGAUGAAAAUGAUUGUCGCAUUGGUGGUUGUCAUCCUUCUCCUCAUCAUAAUUGUUCCUGUGAUCUUGCGGUAUCGCUAGUGUCUGGCCGGGAGGUUAGAGGCACAAUAUACUCUUCCUCCCUCCUUCCCCUCAUCUUUCUGCUGUCAUUCCUCCGUACCAGAGGGGGCGCUGCACAGGGUUGGGCUGCCCACUGUAUUUGCCUAUUUUGGCAGGGUCUGGAAACAACAAACAGGGGCAGAGUUUAAUUUGUGCGUCUAUAUUUCAAGCUCUCAAAACGAAGGCACAACACUGGUGCAGACCAAUCUCUUGUAUGCGCACAAACACAAUGGUUAUUUUGUUGUAUAUGCAUUCAGUAAGACUAACGAAAAUUAAAGAUUUACUAUACACAGCGAAACAUGGAGAAAAAAAUUAGCCCUGCUUUCUGGUGGUAUUUCGAUGUCCUCUUUAUAGUUAAUUAGACAUUAGAGCCGUUCUGCUUACACCAUGACACACGUUUAACAAUUAAACUGGAUCCAUUUCCCGCAUAGGUAGGUCGAUGAAAUACUGUCUUCUCAGGUGGGUGGGGACAAACAGGAAACCUGAUGAUGUCACGCUGCACCAUGGCUACGAUGUCAUCGUCUGUUUGUAUAACUCCUGUAAGUUUUAACAUUGGGUAUAAUUCAAGUUAGGCAACAAGUAAUGUUACUUAAUAUUUGCUGCUAUUACCUGCUGUAAUGUUUUUUGCAUAUUUGGCAACGAAGUUUUAAUUGACUGUGGUUAAUUGUGUUGAGUUGGUUAUUUUGAUAUGAACGAAUUAUUUUCAGCUUUUUUAACAGUUUAUCAUGCUUGUAAAAUGGUUUAUGUAAAAAUUGUAGUUAUCCUCACUGGUGUAAUUUUAACAGCUUGUUAUUGGUCAGUAAUGUAAUAGUUGUGUGAUGAUAAUUUGGUUGACUGUUGCUGAAGGUCACUUGAACACACCUCUGUAUAUUUGGUUUAAUCCAUAUUAUUUUACUGUUUUUUUUUUUUUUUUUUUGUUUUUUUUUGGUUAUAUUUAUUUGUAAAUAUCUAUUCCCCAUGUAAGUCAACAAUGGCUUUCCAUUGGGAGACUGUGAAAUAAUCUUGCAUUUAAAAUAAAGUGAUUUUAAA